AUAGCAAGUUCUCAAAAGAUCAUGCCAAAAAAGAACCCAAAACAUGAACUUGUCCUAGGCUUUAUUCUCCCACGCCUCCAUGUGCAUCAUCGUCCAAUGUGCAUUCUUCUCCGGUACAAGGGUAGAAGCUUAAUUGGGCUCCACAUUUUCUUUCUCUAAUCCUGAUACGAAUUGAUCUGUCCUCGGUAGCUGCAUCACUCUGUAGAAGCUCCUCUAGCUUGAUCCAAAAGCUCAUGAAAUCUGUAUCCCAAAUGGAAUUUGAGUUCGACUGAUUUCCCAAAACAUGUUCAGGGAGCUUGAAGCGAUUCCGUUGAAGAUAUGAUUGGAUCGCAGCAUCGCCACACAAUGAUAGAUGCAAAGGAGACAGAUAGAUGCUUGACUACAAUGUACUCGGAGGCAAGUGUAACCGUGGGCUCUCUGUGGUCGAUAGCUAUAAGCUGUUGAAGGGUGCUGAUGUUCUGGGUGAGGACAUGUUUCUUGCUUGCACACUUGGCUGGUGCAUCGAAUGGCUUCAAGCUUUCUUUCUCGUGCUUGACGAUAUCAUGGACGACUCUCACACUAGACGUGGCCAGCCUUGUUGGUUCAGGGUGCCUCAGGUUGGCUUCAUUGCUGUGAAUGACGGGAUCAUCCUUCGCAACCAUAUUUCACGGAUCCUUCGGCGUCACUUUAAGGGAAAACCUUACUACGCUGAUCUCCUAGAUUUAUUCAAUGAGGUUGAGUUCAAGACAGCUUCAGGACAGCUGCUGGACCUUAUCACAACUCAUGAGGGAGAAAAAGAUCAAACAAAAUAUAGCAUAACAGUUCACCGCCGUAUUGUUCAAUACAAGACAGCCUACUAUUCAUUUUACUUGCCGGUUGCAUGUGCGCUCCUGCUAUCUGGUGAGGAUUUAAACAACUAUGGUACUGUAGAAAGCAUUCUUGUUGAAAUGGGAACAUACUUCCAAGUCCAGGAUGAUUAUCUAGAUUGUUACGGUGAUCCUGAAUUCAUUGGCAAGAUUGGAACUGACAUUGAAGAUUACAAGUGCUCCUGGCUAGUUGUGCAAGCUCUGAAGCAUGCUGAUGAGAGCCAAAAGCGCAUUCUAUUUGAAAAUUAUGGAAAGAAAGAUCCAGCCUGUGUGGCAAAAGUGAAGAAUCUCUACAAAGAACUUAAGCUAGAGGCGGUAUUUCAGGAGUAUGAGAGCGAGAGCUACAAGAAGCUGAUUGCGGAUAUUGAAGCCCAGCCAAGCAUCGCUGUUCAGAACGUAUUGAGGUCCUUCUUGCACAAGAUUUACAAGAGGCAGAAGUAGGGUGCUCUUGGAUAGGGAGCUAUUCCUUAUUGCAUGCUUCAUAGAUAACUGGAAUGCUUGAUCCAUGAUGUGGUGCUUCUAGUUAAAAAAAUUGAUGUAGCAUGAUGCGCUUGCUGCUCCGAAUAAUAACGAGGCAAGGUGCUAUUUCGGUUUGAUGGACCCUCUGGUGUAGACAAUACAUUGGUCGUUUUAUUA